AUGCCGUCGGUCAUCUUCCUCGACCUCGAUGGGGUGCUCAAUCGCACGCGGGAUGCGCCUCACCUGCGGCUCGACGACGACCUCGUGGCGCGGCUCCGCUCGCUGGUGCGUGACACAGGUGCCGCCAUCGUCCUCUCGACGUUUUGGCGAGCAUUCGAGGAGUACGUGUCAUACGUCCUUUCGCGUCACGGCAUCCCGCACGGCACCGUCAUUGGCCGCACACCGGGCCGCAACUCGUCCUUUGACUUUGUGACGGCCACCGCCAGCGAGCCCGCGUUUCGCUCUCGGGCGGAGGAGAUCACCGUCUGGCUAGCGACGCAUCCGGAGGUGGCCAGCUUCGUCAUCCUCGAUGACAGGCCUUCGGCGGCGAACGGCGACGGCACCGUGGGUGAGCCGCUCGCAAGCCGCUUCGUCCAGACCGAGACUAGCGUCGGGCUGUCGGAUGCAAACGUGGCGCGUUGUCGCGAGGCGCUGGCCAGCAAGGUUUCUGACGCGGAGAAGUCGGUGUUUCUUCAAGCUGCUGGUCUGGCUCCUCCCAAGAGCCACGACCCUCGAGGCCUUGUCGACACCGCGCCGGGCAGCGUGAACGAGGAGGCCCAAGCCCUAUCGCGGGAGCUGUCGGCAGGCAAGCUCACAGCGCUCACAGACCUCAACCUCAAAAAGGCGGGCCUCGCAGCGCUCCCGCCGCAGAUCGGAGAGCUUGCGUCGCUCACGAAACUCGACAUCUCGCUCAAUACCCUCUCGACGCUGCCCGCGGAGACCAGCGGUCUCUCGUCGCUCCGAAUCCUUUUUAGCCUCGGCAACCAGUUCGAGUCGAUCCCGUCCGUGCUCCGCAGCCUCCCGCGGCUGUACAUGCUCUCCUUCAAGUCCAACCGGCUGACGCACAUCCCCGAGGACGCGCUGGCGCCAACCAUCGAGUGGCUCAUCCUGACGGACAACUUGCUCGAGGAACUGCCGGCCUCGAUCGGCUGCCUCAAGACCCUCCGCAAGUGCAUGCUCACCAACAACCGGCUGCUCGCGCUGCCCGACUCGCUGCUGCAGUGCCGCGAGCUCGAGCUCAUCCGCCUCGCGGACAACCGGCUGAGCGACCUGCCACGCGGCUUCUGGCAGCUGCCUAAGCUCGCGUGGGCGGGCCUCGCCGGCAACCCGCUCAUCGGCGCGGGCGGAGGCGGCUUCGUGCACCGGGCGGUGUGGAGCGCGCAGCCCGACGAGCCGGUCGCCCUCAAGCUCUUUCGCGACGCGGGCACCGUCACCGACGGCGACCCCGCGCACGAGAUCGACGUGGGCUCGGCGCUCACGCAUCCCAACGUCAUCCGCGUCCUUGGGGCGACGCCGCGGCCGCAGCUCGGGCUGGUGCUCGAACUGCUGCAGCUGAACAAGGCGUCGGCCGGCGGCGGCUGGGGCGAGCUGGGCAAGCCGCCCAACUUUGACACGUGCGCCCGCGACACGUACCCGGCGGGCACGACGUUUGGCGCGCCGUUUGUGCUCCGCGCGCUAAGCGGCGUCGCUGCCGCGUGCGCACACCUGCACGCGCAGCAGCUCUCGCACGGCGACCUGUACGCACACAACACGUUGGUGCGGCACGACGGCGAGCCAAAGGUGGGCGACUUUGGUGCCGCAUACAACUAUGCGCCGCUCGGCGCCGAGGCCGCGCCGCUGGUGGAGCGCGUCGAGGUGCGCGCCUUCGGCUGCCUUGCCGAGGAGCUGGCGACGCGCCUGGCGCCCGCCGCCGGGGACGAGAGCGAGGCGGCGCUACAGCGCAACCUUCUCGGGCUCGCGCGCGAAGCGUGGAUGGGUGCGGCCGUGGGCGCGCGGCCCAGCUUCGCCGAGGCGUGCCAGCAGAUCGAGGCGCUCGCACGUGCAUAUUUCGAGGCUCCUCCCCCUUUUCCGUGGUGA